AUGACAGCAUUUAAUAUACUAUUAAGUGCCUUCAUAUUGAACAUACUCCUAGGAAGCAUAUCAUUUGUGAACGGCGAUCUGUUCUCCAAGGCAACAAGGACAAAAGCAGAUGAAAAGAACUUACAGAACAGUGUUUUCGAUUUCAUAAUUGUUGGUGGAGGCACCGCUGGGUGUGUGCUGGCGAACAGACUCUCUGCUGUUCACGAAUGGAAGGUUUUACUUUUGGAAGCUGGUGAAGAAGAGAAUAUAGACUAUGACAUACCUGGUGUACCGACAAAAGAAUUCCGACCGAUUCUGUGGAAUUUCAGGACUGAGAGAAAUGGCUUCUCCUGUCUGUCGAGGCCUGGAGGUAGUUGUGAGAUCAAGACUGGGAAAGUAUUAGGGGGGUCUAGUGUAACAAAUGACAUGAAAUAUACAAGGGGUUCUAAGAAGGAUUAUGAUGCGUGGUACGAUAAUGACGCAAUCAAGUCUUUAGACUGGAAGUUUGAGAAUUUAAUAGAACAUUUUAAGGCUUCUGAAGACAACGGUGAUUACGACGUCCUAAUGAAUUCUUUCUAUCAUUCUCGGGGCGGAGAAAUGCAUGUACAAAGGUUCAAAUACGUCGAUCGAUACAUGGAACUAUUUUUAGGAGCCUUCGCUGAGUUGGGCUUCCGAUCAAUUGACAUCAACACAAACGUUCCGGAAGCUGCUGUUAAUAACCAAUUUGUUAUGUUCAAUAACACAAGAUUAAGUACAAACGCCGCUUUCCUAAAACCAGUGAGACAUAGAAAAAACCUUACUGUGAAAACAGGCGCGACGGUAACUAAGCUUAUUAUUGAUGAGCAAGAAAAGACAAUUGAUGGCGUUAUUUAUGAAAUCGAAAAGGGCAAAGAACUAGCUGCUUACGCUAAAAGAGAAACUAUUUUAACGGCCGGAGCUAUAAAUAAUGUAAGGCUACUUCAUCUAUCAGGAAUAGGGCCACAGACUGAACUGUCAAAGCAUAAUAUAACAGUUAAAGUAGAUCUUCCAGUUGGUAUUGAUUAUCAAGAUCAAGUGACAACUGGUGGCUUAGCUUUUGCACUCCAUGAAGUUACUCCGUUCAGUGAAAGUCAAAUAAUCGAAGAUUUUAAAACAUGGUUUCAAAAUAGAGGAGGACCUUUGGCCUCACGAGGAAUCAAUCAAGUCUCAGCAUUUAUACAACUGUUUGAGAACAAAAAUGGUCCAGAUAUAGAGUUGGCUUUGGAAGGGAAUUACAUAAGAAGCGAUAAAUUUAUGCUAACAAAUGUUACAGUACAUACAGCAGAAGAGACCAGCUUGCCAUUACCGUAUUACAAUUUAGUAAUAGUCAAUCCAGUCCUACUAAAGCCUAAGAGCAAAGGAAAAGUGACCUUAAAUAAAAAGAACCCAAAGUAUGGCCGGCCUGUAAUACAAGCCAAUCUUUUAAAAGAACCAGAAGAUUUAGAGGCAAUAAUUGACAGUGUGGAUAUAGCUUUACAACUUCUUAACAAUAAAGAGAUUAAACGCGCUGAUAUUAAAUUAGCACCACUUGAUAUAUUCCCGUGUGAUAGACUACAGAACAGGGAUCAAUGGAAUUGUAUAGCAAGACAUUACACUAAAGCUAUGGGUAAUCCUAUAGGAACGUGUCGUAUGGGAGCUAAUAAAACUACAUCAGUUGUCAAUUACGAUCUCAAAGUUCAUGAUAUUGAACGACUUAGAAUAGUAGACGCUUCCGUUAUGCCGACACACGUUCGUGGUGGAAUUUUCGCACCAACAGUGAUGAUCGCGGAGAAAGCAACUAAGUUAAUCAUGAAAGACUGGAAGGAUAUUAAAACAAAUUAUUUUCACAGAAGAUGACAAUAUUACACCUAUUGAUUAAUUAAUUUUAAACGCUUAAAUAAAAGACUUAUUAAUA